UGGAUCUUUGAGGAUCUUGUGGGAUCUUUGUGGAUCUUGUGGAUCAUGGCUCUAUCCCAGAUCCAGUGCUUGGACAAUAAUAACGUGAACUGGAGGUCCAGCGAGACGAAGCCGGAGUUCUUCUACAGCGAGGAGCAGAGGCUGGCCCUGGAGGCUCUGGUGUCGUCGGGUCCGGACGCCUUCUAUGAGGUCAUCAAGAAGGAGAAGAUCCGGGACUUCUUGUCUGACUUGGAGGUCGGUAAAGUUCUGGGGAGUUUGGAACCCUUCGAUCCCGACUCCGGCCACUCCAGGUCGGGCUGCGAUAAGUGUGCGCUCGGCGGGGACGGAGAUAAAGACGAUGAGUGUGGCGGGGGGUCCGGAGGGGGCGCCGAGCAUUCGCUGGAAUACUGGCCGGAUAAGUCGGACUGCGUCAUCCCGGAGCUGGACUUGGGGUGGCCCGGCACGGUGGCUUACAGAGGAGUGACCCGGGCAACUGUCUACAUGCAGCCCCCCAUCGAUGGACAACCUCACAUCAAGGAGGUCAUCAGGAAGAUGAUAACCCAAGCGCAGAAGGUGAUCGCCGUGGUGAUGGAUCUUUUUACCGACGUGGACAUUCUCAAGGACAUGCUAGAUGCCGGGUUCAAGAGGAAGGUGUCGGUGUACAUCAUCCUCAACGAGUCGGACGUGAAGUACUUCCUGCAGAUGUGUGAGAGGGCUCAGAUGCACAAGGGGCACCUCAAGAAUCUCCGGAUUCGCAGUAUUGGGGGCUCCGAAUUCUACACCCGAUUCUCCACCAAGUUCAAGGGAUGCCUGAGCCAGAAGUUCAUGUUUGUGGACGGAGACAAAGCGGCCUGCGGCUCGUACAGUUUCACUUGGUCAGCGGCGAGAAUAGAUCGGAAUCUCCUCACCGUACUCUCCGGCCAAGUGGUGGAGAGCUUUGACCACCAGUUCCAAGAGCUCUACUUGCUGUCCAAGGCCGUCAGCCUGAAGAACGUCCCAAUGGAGAACGAACCAGAGCCCGAGCCGAUGAUACAGCCUGCACCCUUACCCGCCGGACCACCUCAAUCCAUCGCCAAGAAGCUCAUCAACCCUAAAUAUGCCUUGGUGAGCGUCAAAAGCGCCAGCGAAAGAGAGGUGAAACAAGCCAAGGCCAAAUUAUUAGAGCAAAAAGUGGAAGAACCUCAGAUCCACCCAGCCCUACUGAACAUGGAAAGAGCCAACAUGUUCAACUACCUUCCCACUUGGGUUGAACCCGAACCUGAACCAGGAAGUGACAUCUUGGGGUACAUUAAUAUCAUCGACCCUAAAGUCAAGAACCCCAUGCAUUCUCAGAUGAACAGGAUCAAGAUUUGCGAUACGGCCAACGCCACUGCCCAAUUUCUCAUGCAGACAAAGAAGCAGGAAGCACGACACGCUGAAAAUGAGGAGGCCGGUCAUCGCGAAAGGACGACAGCGAGACAAGGCAGCCGAGAAGAAGGUUCUGCCACCAGCAGCACUAAAGUGGUCUCUCCGUCCUCGAGUUUUGAUGAGGAUUUGGAGACUCCUUCAUUAAAAGACCAUAAAGCUGUAGGACAACCAGGAGGUCACAACGUCCAACAGUCUCGAGAGGGCUUUGCGUCACCGGCUGAAACUCGUUCUCUUGGGUCCGGUGAUCAAGGUCAAGCCCCCGUUACGAGAAGCGGACCUCCGGUGCCAAAGCCCAGGACGCUGCCGGUCACGGACUUUAUAAGCAUGAAGAACGCCCUGAAUGCCAAGUCCGUCACAGCCAACACGUCCAAAGUGGAGAACACGAUACCGUCCGUCAAUGGGGGGGAUGCAGAGGGGAGAGAAGAAGAGGAUAUCGAGGACCUUCUUAUCCAAACUGUACCAGGAGGUAACGACGAAGGUGAUACGGAUAGACUUGGGAUGUAUCCUAGCGAAUGUUUAUCCAGUGGCUCUGGUUCCCUGCCUCCAUCAAACGCCUCGUCCACGUCGGAGGAGUACUACCCAACAAAGCCCCUGCAGAGGAGAAGCUCCGAUCGGAUUCCUAACGGGGAACAUAUCGCUUUGCAAAGAAAGCUGAGCGAUGGCCAUAUUAGCAGAGGGACCUUUGCCGGUCCGUUGGGGGGCAUCUCCCAGUCUCUGAUGGACAUGAGGCAAGUGGAAAACGGGAAGAGGAGGAACCAGACCCUGGAAGAGGAGCUGAAGCGCGUCCUUUCCAAGGGUGAGCCGAACAAAGACCGGACCCAUGCCAUGGAACCUACCAAGGUGUGUAUUAGCGUUACAGACUGCGAUGCCCGAUCAGACCAGAGCGAACCGUAAACAUUUGCUCCCCGGGGUUUAUUUGAAUGACAUUUCCUUCGUUGAAAGAUUGUAAAUCAGAAAUAGGAUAAGCGCGACUGCGUGCGUUAAGAACUUUUACAUUC